AUGACUGCCAUGGAGUCUGAAAAGAGCCUUAAGUCCUAUGAGGCCAUCGGCAUGAGUGAUCCUUUUGAUCGUUCAUCUUUUUGUAUCGGGAAGCCAGGAAUGGAGGGCGUCAUACAACUCGGGGACCCACGCUUUCGAGCCGCUAUGAAGUCGGCCUUCGUCGAGGCUGACAGCAAGGGAUUGGAGGGGACUUUCAAUCUCAAGCAGAGGCUGCGGAGCGCUACCACUCUCGACUUCUGGCAGAUAUUGAUGGAGGGCAUGACCGAGAUCAUGGGGGCUCAGUAUGCGUUCGUGGCGAAGAGGGUCCUGGAGGGCGAUGAGUACUCGGCCGUGGAGAUGCCCGAAUUCGGCGAGAGGGGUUCGUGUCUUAUGGGGUUGGCUUUCUAUUUUAACGAUCGUAAGGGCGCUGAAGGGUUAUACCGGGAUUUCAAGUACAAAGUUUACGGAUGCCCUUGUCAGUGGAUGAAGCAUGACAAGGUGCUACUGAUUCCCGAAGGGUUGAAAGCGCUCACGCCGGAUAACCCGAAUGUUGGGUCAUUUCCCAUUAUCCCCGAGGGUUAUCUUGCUGUGCCGUUGUUUCAUGAGGGGAAAUGCUUUGCUCAUAUGGGGGUUAUGUGGACGGAGGAGGGCUUGAAGGAGAGAUCGCCCACUAGUUGGGCUAUGUUGGAGAUGUUUUUACAUACUUUGGAGGAUCAGGUUACGGCAAAGAUACUGGAGGGGGAAGGGUUUGGACCUAAGAUGGAGAAUGGGGUUAUCCCUAAUGAUACCGUUGCUUCACGGCACUCAUUAAAGCCCUAUGCUCGAAGCUUAUCGCACGAAUUACGGACACCUAUGCAGGGCGUUGUUGGGAUGUUGGAUGUUAUGUAUGCUUCGGUGUUGGAGGCUACAGAAUGGGAGGCAGGCGAUAUGAGGCAGAUCCGGAAUAUGGUGGAGUCUCUCAGGGAGAGUAUAGAAGUUGCUCAAGGUACUUUUUUUUUCUGUUUUUGGUUUAUUUCAUUGAUGUUGGGGUCUGCGUGAGCAAUGUUGAUUCCCGUGCCUAGACAGUUCAAAACGGGCUGUUGACGCCGCCGAUAACAUGGUUCACGCUUACGAUUUCGACAUGGAGGUUCCCUCGACGCCAAAGAUGUCCAGCCAGGUGCUCCUAGAUUUACCCGACGAGUCGGAUGCCACAAUGACGCCGAUGCGGGACAGCGACUUUGACCCGUCAACACCAAGAGUGAUCCCACGACAAUCGAGCAAACGGCGGCGAGAAUCCGGUUCACCGGAAGACCUAAUGCCGUACAAGGUGCGCCACCGCAGCGAAGAUCUAGACCACGAUGGGGAUGGUGAUGAGAUACUUGACCCACCAUUAUUACCACGAUCGAGGAGUCUCUCACCACCCGCCUACACUGAGUCCCCCGCACGCCUACUGAUGCCCGAUGACAUACAGCGGCGGGGCAGUUCGGGCCAUAGCAUGCUGUCAGCUGCUUCCCCAUCGCCGUCUGGUGCUUGGCUGGUCUUUGACGCGGCCGGGAAGAUACAACUGAAUUCUCGCCCCCUGAAGAUUCGAGAGUUGCUGAGUCAGAUUCUCCACGAGACGCUGCGAUCUGGUGGCCGACCUGAUUCCACACGGUCUACACCGACGCUGGAGGGGGAGAGGAUUAUUGUUUCGACCGUGGGCCCUGGGGAGACGAAUAGCACUGUUGAGAUUGAGCUGAAGGUGGAUGAGAGUGUCCCAGAAACGCUCGUUGGUAUGCACUUAAUUGUAUGGAUUUUUUGGGAUGUUGCUGACUGGUGGUUGUAGUUGAUGGGAAUGCCCUGACGAAACUGCUGUCGAGUGUGUUCCACAAUGCUGUCAAGUUUACCGGGAAUGGAGGCAUUUCUGUCGCUGUGGGGGUUCUGAACUCUCAGGUGUUGUUUUCCGUUAUAGACACUGGGGAAGGUAUUCCGGAGGAGUUCUUGCCACGCCUGUUUAAAGCGUUUUCUCGGGAAGACGCUUCCAUGACGAGGCUGCGGGAUGGCCUGGGAUUAGGGCUAUUGGUGGCGAAGAGUAUCGCCCGCAAGAUGGGCGGAGACCUGUGGUGCGAGCGAACGUCGACAGACGGGCCGGGCAAGGGCUCAGAAUUCCGUGUCAGGCUGCCGCUAACCCCUGCGGACGCCUCUAGCAUGCCGGGAACACCGGUGGUAAACCCGAAUACUCCGACAAUAACCCCACCGAUAUCCGUGCUUCCUAACCUAUUGCCAAACUGGCUAUUAGAUGCCUCUCGCCGAAGCCCGUUCUCUGACCCCUCCCCGCUGCGUGAGGAGCGCUUCCCUUCGCCACUGCCACCACCACUCCAGCCAUUAUUACCCCCAACCUCUAACUCCUCCAUUCCGUUGUCUACAACCCCACAGCUCCCACCAGACCCACAACCUAUCGACCCAAUAGCCUCCCCGGCCACACUGACCACGACUACAACGACCACAACAACCGCAGCAACCACAACAGCCCACCGCCCCCGCCCACCCCCAAAACUGCCCUAUGACAAAACCCUCGCGACGAAAAUACCCCUCUCCAUACUCGUGGCCGAGGACAACAAGAUCAACCGAAAGCUACUAACAAGCAUGCUGCGGAAGCUCGGAUACACCGACAUCUCGGAAGCCUGCGAUGGGCAGGAGGCUGUAGAGAUUAUGUCGAAUCCGCGGCAUCCUCCGAUAGAUGUUGUACUUAUGGACUUGUGGAUGCCGCGCAUGGAUGGGUACGAGGCCACGAAGCGGAUUCUGGAGUCGCGGACGAGGGCGACAAAAGGAGCGAAUGGGGGGGUGGGGGUUACUGUGUUGGCUGUGUCGGCAGAUGCGACGCAAGCUGCUAUGGUCAAGACUUCGAGCGUCGGCAUGAAGGGUUUCAUGUCAAAGCCGUACAAGAUUGUCGAUCUAGAGAGGUUGAUUGUGGAGUUUUGUGGAGUUGUGGUGGACGGGGAGGAGUAA